CCCGCACUCGACACUGCAAAAAUAAACUUUUUUUCCAAACUUAACUUUCUCUUGAGUGUGUUUUCCCUCACAUUAAUACUCUUCUUACUAUAUCAUCCUUCAACUAUAAACCAAAAGUUAAGAAAUAAAAAAUCCCAUCUUUAUUUCUCCCUUCUCUCUCUUCAUGGACUUCAAUCUGAAGCAAUGGAGGCAACAUGAGUCAGAAAAUCAAGAAUCACCAACAAAGUUACCAAGACUUCUUCUUGACUUCCACUCUGUUUCUUCUGUUCCUACUGAUUCUGCUGCCCUUCCAUUGUUUGUAUCUGAACCAACAACAUCAACAACAACAACUUGUACCAAAUUAAUGUCAGAUUCAACAACCACUGCCAGCACCAAAUUUCCAAGGAUUGGGAGUGGUGGUUACUUCAGCUUGGCUCAGUGGCAGGAACUUGAACUACAGAGUUUGAUUUUUAGGCAUUUUAUAGCUGGUGCCCCUGUUCCUUCUGAAUUACUUCAUCUUGUUAAGAAAAGCAUUAUUGCUUCUUCUCCUCCUCCUUCAUAUUACUUUUCUCAUCCAUUUCAACAGUAUCCUCACUAUCAACAAGCUUUGAUUCAGUCAGGGUACUGGGGAAAAGCAGCCAUGGAUCCAGAACCAGGGAGGUGUAGGAGGACUGAUGGGAAGAAAUGGAGGUGUUCAAGGGAUGUAGUGGCUGGCCAGAAAUACUGCGAGCGCCACGUUCAUCGUGGCCGCAGCCGUUCAAGAAAGCCUGUGGAAAUUCCCACACCUGCCAACAAUGGCAGUAAAAACAACAACAAUUCUGUCUCUCAUCAUCAAGCCUUUGGAAAAAUGGCUGGACAUGCUGCUACUGGUGCUCCUCAUUUUUCUCUAUCUGGAUGUUCACCUUCGACUAAUGCACCUCUUCAUCUCAAUCAAAGGCCAUCUGAGUCCACCAAAAAAGGUCCACCACUUGAAGCCCAAAAUGAUGUAUCUAGUGGCCAAAUCCUCCGCCAUUUCUUUGAUGAUUGGCCUAGACAACAACUUCAAGAAGGUGACAAUGCUGCCACCAGCCUGUCCAUUUCGAUUCCCGGUGGAGGCAGUAACCCCUCGUCCGACUUCUCGUUGAAGCUAUCGACCGGGAAUGACUAUGAUUCUGGGGCUCAAGUCAGUAAUGUUGAACGGUCUACAUGGGGGACGAGUCAUCAAGUGGCCUCGAUGGGUGGACCACUUGCCGAGGCCUUAAGGUCAUCGACGACUAACUCGUCCCCGACUAGCGUGUUGCAUCAAUUGGCACGAGGUAGCACGUCGGAGGCCAGCUAUAUUAGCACUUAAUUUUUUCCAAGUGUUUGUGUUGAUUUUUCUUGACACGAGAUGUUUUUGAACUUUGUUGCUUUUUUCUUUCUUUCUUUCUUUUCUUUGGUUGUGUUGUUGUUGUUCAUUGUUCUUUUGUGGCAUUGAUUACUAUCACCUGUACAAAUUUGCAUGGGAUGUGUGGUGUGUUUAUUACUGGUUUGAGUUGAUAACAAAGUUGUGCUUUUUGGUGAA